AUGUCUGACAACACUUCCACACCUACCAAGCACCCACGUCUUGAUGCUGACAGCCCUGGAUGUUCUUCCGCCCCCACCGCACCACGGAAAAGCCUUCCUAUGGAUGCCAGUGUACAGCAGCUGCACAAAGACUUAGAACACUACAUGAGUGCCACAAGGGCGGUUCUUGAACUCCCACAGCCCCAAGUGAAGUCUGCAGUAAUGCUAUUAAGCAAGAUGGAGAAUGUCAAGCAAAAUGACAUUGCCUGUGUGAGGCGAAGUGUCAACUCCUUAAGACAAUCUUUGGAAGCAAGGGAUAAAACCAUAUCAUCCCUUCGAAAUGAACUUGAAAAAGAGAAAAACCAAAAUGCCCCCUGGGACGAUAUGGAUUUAGAUGUUGUCGAUGAUAACACAGCCAAGGACACUCCAGCUCCAGCUCCAGCUCCAGCUCCUAAUGACGCUCCAGCUCCUAAGGACGCUCCAGCUCCUAAGGACACUUCAGCUCCAGCUUGCAAUGACGCUCCAGCUCCUAAGGACACUUCAGCACCAGCUCGCAAGGACGCUCCAGCUCCUAAGGACACUUCAGCACCAGCUCGGAAGGACGCUCCAGCUCCUAAGGACACUUCAGCUCCAGCUCCUAAGGACACUUCAGCUCCAGCUCCUAAGGAUGAUGCAUGA